CUAGAUCUUAUAUCUAAUGAAAAUGUUCUAAAACUUUUGAACAUCCGGUCGUCAAGAAAAGAGAAGUCAUUAGUCAACAGUUAGCUAGAUCAAGUUUGUUGGUCUACGUUUUGGAAUGCCGGAGGCAAAAUUAAGUAAAGAUCAUUAAGUUUACAAAUGCAAGCUAAUCGUUAACAGAGGUAGUCUUCAGUCUGACAUAAAGGGAUAAAAUAUGGCUUCACAAACGGAAAGAGAAUUCGCAGAGUACGACUGCAACAAUAGUUGGAAUGAAAUAUUUCAGCGACUUAAGAAUGAAGCUUCACUUUUAACAUUGGGGGAUGAGUAUUCUACAAAAGAUGCUAGAGAACCAGAUAAUCGUAGGAAGAAUAGGUAUCGAGAUGUCAGCCCAUAUGACCAUAGCAGGGUUAAAAUAUCAGGGGAAUGCGACUACAUCAAUGCCAGUUUUAUUGAAGUACCAGAAGUCAACAGAAAGUAUAUUUUAACUCAGGGACCACUUGAUCAUACUAUGUGUGACUUCUGGCAGAUGACCUGGGAGCAGAAAUCUAGAGCUAUUGUUAUGUUAAACAGAGUCAUUGAGAAGGACACAUGGAAAUGUUCCCAGUAUUGGCCUCUGGGCUCAGACUAUGGGAAAGAAGAUGAAAUGUAUUUUCCUGAAUGCGAUCUGAAGGUGACUCUGUUAAGUGAACAAGAUUCUCUCCACUUUACACUCAGGACUCUGGAACUGGAGAGAGUGGAGACAGGAGACAAGCGAGAAGUAUUACAUUUUCACUAUACGACUUGGCCAGAUUUUGGAGUACCCUCCUCUCCAUUUGCGUUUCUUCAUUUCCUUCAUUGUGUUCGGAACACUGGCUCUUUAGAAACAGAUGUGGGCCCAGCUGUUGUACACUGCAGUGCUGGUAUUGGACGCUCAGGGACCUUUUGUUUGGUAGACUCUUGUCUUGUUUUGGUGGAGAAUGAAGGCAGCCUAGACAGUAUCAAUGUUAAAGAAAUGCUCCUCCAAAUGCGGUCUUAUCGCAUGGGUUUAAUCCAAACUUCAGAUCAGCUGAGAUUUUCUUAUCAAGCCAUCAUUCAGGGAGCCCAUGAAAUAUUACAGAAUGGCAGUCUUGGCAGUCUGUUGUUUUCUGACUCUACUAAUCAGAAUCAUUUAGAACAUCCUCCAGAACCACCUGAAAGAACCAGUAGCCUGCGCACAGAGCUCUUCGAGAGUGAGCCCCCACCCAUUCCACCCAAAAAACGCCACGCAGGAAAACCAGAAAAAUACGAACUCUUUGCUGAAGAGGAAGAGAGUGAAGAAGAGUAUGAUAACCUUGUGGAGAGUAGAUCGGAUAGCCCUGACUUCAGUCAAAUGGACUCUGGAAAUGACCAUCUGGAAGUGGGACGUAAUAGUAUAACAGUGGAGCACAACAGUCGAACAGGAGAAAAGGAUAGUCUGCUAGAGGAAGAAAGGGCAGCAGAAGAGAGGCACAGGAUCAGGGAGGAGAGAAAGAAGCAGACGCUUGAAAAACUACGCCAAAUGAAAGAGAGGCAAAAGAAGUGUGAGCGGUGGAAGCCCUACAAGUCUUACUUCCGUCCAACUUUUUACUUUGGCCUGGCGGUGCUGGUGGGUGUGGCCGGUGUGUUGAUCUACAAGUACAUGAUGAAACCAAGUGCGGCAUAACUCAGAGGCACGUCACUCCACCUUCAUAUUCCUGGCAUCCACGGCGGGUUAUCUGUACUAUGCUUGGUUUCUCAUGCCCUUUUCAAAGAUGAUGUUUUUCUUUCUAUACUUGUGACUUCAAUAUGCCAUUAUUGUUAUAUUUUUGCUACAAUUUUCUUCCUGUUAUUACGACUGCUCUAUGUUGAUUUGUAAGGUGGCAGAAUUCAAGUGAUGCCUGUUAUUGUGAUUGUAGGCUUGGCUGGACAAUCUGAACAAACCAAACAGUUGAUUAGAGUUUGUUCAUUGCCAUGAGAAACAGAGAUAAGUGUUGGAAGUAUUUAUUCUGCUUGAAAUGUUCACAGAUGUAACAUAUUUACAAUACAAAUGAGCUCUUACCUAUAUUUGAUGUAAUAUCCUGAACAAGAAAUAAUAUGUAUUCAUAUUGUACUUACAAAUGUAUGUAUCUGCUGGGGGGGGGAGAGGCUGUCAUUUGUCUAGUUAGAAUUUUAGAUCUAACUUGUGACAUGAUUAUGGACCACUGGAUCAUUCAAUGGCAUUUUUGUUUUUUUGCUGCUGAGAAUGUUUCUGUUCCAUUGGAUUAUCAGAGCUCUUAAAUAAAUGCAACAAGAACUAUUCACUACUGCUACAGAUUUAUUUUU